UAACAUCUAGGACGUAGAAGUGGACAACAGCAGCAUCGCACUGGCAUGGCUUCCUCCUCCGCGCCCCGGGGCUGUGGUCCGCGGUCUCCGGCCAAGGCUCGUUCAGGCGGCAACCUUGCACCACCUUCCGUUCACGCUCAACCAGCCCGGCACCCCGUUACGGCGACAUCUGACCCUGCUUCGUUCACCAUUCACCGGCCAGUUCAAGUGGCACCUGUCAUGAUGCCUACACAGCGGAAGGUUUUAGUCUUUGCGUUGGUAACCACGUGCACGUCACUGUAUUUGAUGCAGAGCAGAUAUCUUAGAAUGCCGGAGCUGAAGGGCACCUUGCUGAGGGGUCUUUCUUGCCCUAUCUUCAACUCACCAAACAACAGCAAUGUGACACGGUGUUUGCCACGGAUCAUGAUGUGGACCAAAUUCUUUAGAAAUUGGUACGGGCCACUCAACGAUACCAGAAUCGGCGAAGUAUUGCUCGAGAAAUGCACAGCCAAAUGCUUCGUCACAAACGACCCACGUCUGAUGCAAUAUAGCGACGCUAUCGUCUUCCAUGUGCCCAACCUCAAUAUGACGGAUCUCCCCCAGAAGCGCUUCAGCUGGCAGAAAUGGAUCUUCCACGUGAUGGAAGCGCCGCCAAACACCAACUUCACGGACUUCAACCUCACGCACGGCGUGUUUAACUGGACCAUGACGUAUAGAAAAGACUCUGACGUCUACGUGCCCUCCGGUAGGAUUGUACAUCGCGAGGCCGUCGCUACGAAUACGAAGAGAGAUUUGAAGGCCCUCUGGAAGUCUAAGAAAAAAACCGCCGUGUGGAUGGUCAGCGACUGCUUCACUAACGGCGGGAGGGAACGCUUCGUCGCUCAACUUAAGAAAUACAUCAAAGUUGAUGUGUACGGCGCCUGUGGCCGUCACAAGUGCCCGAAAUCCCGAGGUGAUUCCUGUUACGUGGACUUCGAGCGCACCUACUUCUUCGCACUUGCCUUCGAGAACUCGAUAUGCGCGGAUUACAUCACCGAGAAGUUCUAUAACGCGCUCAAGUAUGACAUCGUACCAGUUGUGUUCGGUGGGGCCAAUUACAGCCAUAUCGCGCCAAACCAUUCUUUCAUUGACGCCCUCUCGUUUGAAUCACCCAAGGAUCUCGCCAAGUAUCUUAUAAAACUAUCAAAGAACUACACAGAGUACGCCACUUAUUUAACCUGGAAAGAUAGCUAUGAUAUCGUUCCGUGGCGCCGCCGAUACUGCGAGCUUUGCACAAAGUUGCACAGUCGUGUCGAACGUCAGAGGCUUUCGUCGUACGGCGACAUAGGAGCCUGGUGGUUUGGAAAAGGCCGUUGCCGCAGUUGGGUGUCGGGAGCACACGGUUAA